GAAACGAAUAAAUAGCUGGCCAAAAACACUCUCGGCACAGAGAUUCAAACAAACCAAAAAUAUGUCCAAGACGAAGCUGACCUAUUUAAAUUUCACGGGCCGAGCCGAGCCGAUACGCUACAUGCUCCUCCAUGCGGGGGUUGAAUUUGAAGAUUGCAGACUUUCGCGAGAGGAGUUCUUCAACAAUAAGCAAAAUUUCCCUUUGGGCCAGGUGCCUAUUUUGGAGUUUGAAGGCAAAACUCUUUACCAAUCACACGCCAUUUAUCGCUUCUUGGCAAAGCGUUUCAACUUGGAAGGAAAGGACGAGUGGGACGCUUAUUGGUGUGAUGUUGCAUUCCAAACCAUUUUAGACGUCGGUUAUGCUUUCCAUCACGACAGAGGUUGGGAGAGAGAGGAAAAAUCUGAAGCUGUAAUGGCCAGACAUGCAUCCGACUUGACUAAAGCUGCCUAUUUACUUGAUAAACUUGAAAGCCAACUGGAAAAAAAUGACGGACACUUUCUCAAAGGACAACUUUCUUAUGCCGAUUUUUACUUGGCGGCGAACUUCAAUACUUUAAAUUACAAAGCCGGUGAAAAUAUUUUUGUCAACAAGCCCAGGCUGAAUGCUCUGAAGGAAAAAAUCGACAACCUGCCUGCGAUCAGAGCGUACUUAGACAAAUGUCCUCCAGUUCGAUUUUGAUAUAGAAGAAUUUUGGAAUAAAAACUAAAAGCAUAAUUAUGCAUGAAUACUAAAUAGUUUGUGCUCAAGCCGCUAAUUGAGGUUUUUUAUUUUCAAUUAAUCUAAAUAAUGAAUUUAAUAAUAAAGACGCAGCAGAGUGGCUUUUAAUAAAAAAAAUAAUAAUAAUAAUAAUCACAAAUAUCAGCAAUAGUAAAAUUAAUUAUUUUUCUUAAUUCUGA